AUGACUCGCCUCAUUGGAUUCCUAGCCGUCCUCUUGUUCCUUUCAAGUGCUGCAAAUUCGGCGCCUUCAUGCCCUACCGUAACCCAGCAAGUGGCCCCGUGUCUCAGUUUUGUGAAAGGUGGAAGCGACACCAAGCCAUCUGAGGAGUGUUGCAAAGGGGUUAAGGAGCUGAGUGUCAAUGCUAAUUCCAGACCAGACAGGGAAGCUGUGUGCAAGUGCCUUAAGCAAAUGUUGUCUUCCGUUGGAAACUAUAAUCCCUCUCAAGUCUCUCUUCUUCCCAAGAAAUGUGGCCUGUCCCUCAAUCUCCCUCCAAUUGAUAAAAACACUGACUGCUCAAAGUAA